AUGGGAUCAUUCGUGGAGGACCUCUGGUCGAGCGUCUUUACCCCGGGUCCCACCCCGUCGCUCCUGAUCGCGACCAAUGUCACCUUCGCCGCCCUGCAAGUCCUCCUACUCGCGCUCCUUCUAGCCACAUACAGCAUCCACUUCGUGGUGCUCUCCAUCCUUUCCGCGGCUUUAUGGUGGUCGAUCAACUGGUUCGCUCAGGAGUUGAGACAGGUACAGGCACAGGAGGCGCCCACGGAGACACAAGAGUUGAGGGGUGGUAGCACGAAGCCACCGGGGCCCCUGGACAGCACCGACAGUGAUACCGAGACUGAGGUUGUGAAGGAGAAGAGCAAGGCCACAGCUGCCACAGGCGUUGCCACGGGCGCUGCCCCUGCCACAGCCUCUGCGUCGGCUACUCUUCAACCCCCGGUUGAACCGCAGGCGCGAAAGCGACUCAGCGUGAGUGGUGACAGCUCGGGAUACCAUAGCACGGAUAGUGAGUGGGAGAAGGUGGAUGAUAACAAUGGUCCUUAG